UACGCACCCCAGUGCAGGGAAGGACCUCUCGCGUUAUAUUGAGGACCGACUUGGUGGGACUGCAUCGUUGCAGUCGGAUUGCAAUCCAAGAUCCGGGCUUCGAAAGGCUCAUCAGGCGAAAGGCCGUGGAAAGCCUCGGGACUUUGAGACUCGGUGGGCCCUACCCCGUUUCCCUUCGGGUGACGGCGCUGUGACGAGCAACUGACAGGCGCAACGAAAGGCAGCCCCUCUGCUGUCUUGGAGAAAAGCAGAAACCUAGGCUACUGGCCUCGGGAGGGAGCCGAGGGCAGUCCUUGGGGGCAGCGGGUCACAACGGCUGAAAGCGCGCGUGGGAAGCGGGGUCUCAGAAUGGAAUGAGUUUCGGGAUGUCUGUCAGAGAAAGAUGUCUCUCGGGAGGAGGCGGGCUAAAGCAGGGGUCCCAGUCACCAUGGAGGACCGGCACUCCAAACAGACCAUGGAGCAGCAGGAUUCGUCCGAGGAGAGAAGUUCCCGAAGUCCGAGAGGUGACCUCUGCCACCUGGGGGCCCUGGAGUGCACCCGCUGCCUCAUCACCUUCGCCGAUUCCAAGUUCCAGGAGCGCCACAUGAAGCGGGAGCACCCAGCGGACUUCGUGGCCCAGAAGCUGCAGGGGGUCCUCUUCAUCUGCUUCACCUGCGCCCGAUCCUUCCCCUCCUCCAAGGCCCUGAUCACCCACCAGCGCGGCCACGGUCCAGUGGCCAGGCCCUCCCAGCCGGCUGCACCCAUCACCACACCACCCACCUUCCCCUGUCCCGACUGUGGCAAGACCUUCGGGCAGGCUGCUUCUCUGAGGCGGCAUCGCCAGGCACACGAGGCCCACCCCCUUCCUGGCCCCUUUGCCUGCACCGAGUGUGGUCAGGACUUUGCCCAGGAAGCAGGGCUGCACCAACACUACAUCCGGCAUGCGCGGGGGGAGCUCUGAGAGUAGCUUACGCCCGCCCCAGGGCCGUGGGAGCUCUGUGGCUGGUGGGAUGCAUGUCUGAUACGGGAUGGGAGCCCUGGACUUUCCUCCCUGGAAAGGCAAAGGACUCCUGAGAAACAGGACCCAGAAGAUACUCAUUUGGAGCUUCAGUCUUUGGAGGACACAAAAGCCUUCAGGGCAACAGUCAAAUCAGACAAUAAUGAGAUCUAUUGUUUUUAAAAAAAAUUAACAGGAAAGAGGGAAAACUGUUAUUUGUAUCUCCCUCAUCCCCAAUUAAAUAGUUUGAAACUGCAACUAGCUGCAGAUUGUGUAACCACCUUAAUUCAUCCCAGAUGGAUGCUGUGGGGCUAUAGGAGCCGAAUGACUGGAUUUGGGCCUGACUGGGGGCAGGGAAAGUGAGGCGUUGCCCACCUGCAAGGCCACCACAGCACAGUCCCACACAGGGAGCAACUUGGGCCUUUGGGGAUGGGACAGCAAAGUCAGAGUCUGUACUGAGUCGUGUGGGGGUUGCAAUCUGAGCUAGUGUCUCUUCCCACCCCCCGCCGGUCUUUCCCACUCAAGGAGGGGCCACGGCAUUGGACAGCUCUGCCCCUCUUCUCCCUAGAUGCUGCUGCUGCUAAGUCACUUCAGUCAUGUCCGACUCUGUGCGACCUCGUAGACGGCAGCCCACCAGGUGCCCCAGUUUUUGGGAUUCUCUAGGCAAGAACACUGGAGUGGGUCGCCAUUUCCUUCUCCAGUGGAUGAAAGUGAAAAGUGAAAAUGAAGUCGCUCAGUCGUGUUUAACUCUUAGUGACCCCAUGGACUGCAGCCUACCAAGCUCCUCCAUCCAUGGGAUUUUCCAGGCGAGAAUACUGAAGUGGGGUGCCAUUGCCUUCUCCGGAUGACUUACUGUUUAUUUAAAUAAUUUUAUGUACCAUUCUGGUCAUGGAUUAUUUUCUAUUAUGUGUAGGUGACAUGGCAUGAAUAAACUAACAGAAAUAGUAUCUGAACACAAAAGAUCCGUGGGACUUCCCUGGCAGCCCAGGGGUUAAGACUCUGCACUUUCAAUGCAGGGGACAUGGGUUUUCAGUCCCUGGUUGGGGAACCAAGAUCCCACAUGCCUCACAAUGCAACUGAAGA